UGCGCACAACCGUCCUCAGCCUGCAUGCUGCCGCGAUGAGCGCACCACCACCACCCACCGUUCCCUCCGUCCUCCUCCCUGAACUCAUCGGUUUUGUUCCUCAAUUUCUACUCGACGAUGUCAUCAACUCUGCCAAUGAGGCGACGCAGCAGGCGGUGGAUGCGAUGGAAGCCUUCCUCGAAAGGAGAGACGCAGUCCGAACCGACACAACCGACGCCUGGAAGAGUGCGGAGGAGCUCGAGAAGGGGCUGAAUGCCUUUCAGACUCUGCUCGAGUCUCAUGUCGAUAUCGCUUUCGAUUUCUUCGAGGCCUGGUCGCUGCGCAACAUCUUCGCCAUCCCCGCCGACCUGCCCAUUGUCGCUCCGCAUCAGAAGGGGCUGAACCUCGAUGAGCCGGAGGAGAAGGAGACAGAGCUGCUGCAGGAGAUCAAGGAUCUUAGGAAGCAGCUUCAGGCCCAACGAAAGCUUCGCCGAUUAUACACGCAUGCUGUUCGUGCCUCCGCUGUCCAGCUCGCCCAUUCCAAAUCCCGCCUAGAACGUCUCUCGUUUUUACGCGCACCCCAGCUGCAAACACUUCUCUCACUUUCCACCGAGUUCCAGUCCAUGUACGAUUCCGUUUCUGCCCUUCCGCCGCCCGAUCCCGCUUUCACCGCGCCGGAACAAGCUGGUCCUUCGGAGCCGGGCAAGCGGCCCUGGGAGACCAGCAAGACGGGGUACAUCAACUGGGCAGUGGAGCAACUGAUGUUACGUGCGAAAGAGAAAGUGAGGGGGAAGGUGGCUUUGGCGAGGGGAGUUCCGCAGUGGGUGCAGUCGCGGCCUCUGCAUACGGGUCGGGAGUGCGGAGGACGUCAAGGCUGUCUUAGAGCUGACGGCUGGGAGCGAGGCAUUGGCAAGUCUCGAAGGUCGGCAGAGUCAAGAGGAGCGAAUGGAUGCCCAGUGAUGUAAACGACUGUACACUAGAUGU